GCAUAGGCCUUUCAUUGUACACUACGUAUUCUACUAUUCUAAUUUUUCUGAAGCUCGACUGUAACAGUAGUGUGUGUAUGUGAUUUUGUAAUCACGUGUGGAUAGUAUUAAUACGGGUACAGUUAGCAAUGCCAUAUUGUCUAAUUUGACAAUGUCAGAGGGGACGAACGAUUCCGCGACAGGUGUCAGACAAGAGCAGGUACCAAACUCUAAAAAAAUACGCUACGAUCCAGAAGAAUACAAACUGAGAAAACGAUUGCCAGCUCGGCUUCCGUCACGAUCAAACGACGUGUAUGUCAACAAUAAAACAGAUUUCAAGGCUCAACUCGCUCGCUGUUUCAAAUGUUUAGAAACUGAAUCAAGUGUUCAUAUUCAUGGUCUGGGAGCAGCAGCUCCUAAAGCAAUAAAUCUAGCAUUGCAACUCCAGCUGAAAUCAAACACUCCUCUAGAAAUUUCAGUAAAUACAUCAACAGUUCACUUGAUUGAUGACUUUGAGCCUCAAUACGAUUCUGGAGAUUUCUACUCUAAAGAAAGGCAGAAUUCUGCAGUCAUCAUUAAAGUUUACAAAUUGUUGAACAUGGACAUGAAUGGAAAAUAAAAUGUUUUUCUCCUUGAAA